AUGAGAAGCACGAGAAGAGAGGAGGAACAAAGAAGCAGAGAAGGAACAAUGAUCUUACGCGCAGGAGAGGAACGGUCGAACAGAGGAUGGAGACACAAGGAAAGUGAACACAUUCACAUACAACUCACCGCACAAGAUCAUUUCUCCUCUUUACUCAAAUUUCCAUCUUCGCUCCAAUUCCUCUUCAAAACGCGCCACUCUAAACCUUUUCUCUUCUCUUUCACAAUUUUUAUGGAUUUGGUGGUAGUGGAUUCGGACAAGGGAAACGAGGAAGAGAGUACAAGUAUAUUUGAUGGAGUUGAAGUUCAAGAGCCAUAUGUGGGCUUGGAAUUUGAUUCUGAAGAAGCUGCCAGGACAUUUUAUGUUGAAUAUGCUAAACGGGUAGGAUUUCUUGUACGCGUUAUGCAACGUCGGCGUUCUGGAAUCGAUGGCAGAACUCUUGCUCGUCGACUUGGAUGUAACAAACAAGGCUUCUCACCCAAUAGCAAGGGAACAUUGAGGCAAGAAAAAAGACCAAGGCCCAGUGCCCGAGAAGGUUGCAAGGCAACAAUUUUAGUUAAGAUGGAAAAAUCUGGAAAAUGGGUUGUUACAAGGUUUGUAAAGGAUCACAACCAUCCACUAAUUGCUACCGCUAAUGGUUUCAGUACAGAGGACGAUAAAGACAAGAAAAUUGCAGAACUUACUAUGGAGUUGGAGCGCCAAGAUGAACUCUGUACUGCAUAUAGAGAAAAGCUACUCAGCUUCAUAAACAAUCUCGAGGAAGAAACAGAGGGAAUGUCCACAAAAAUUCAACUAAUUAUUGAAAAUAUAAAGAGAGCUGAGACUGAAAUGCAAAAAUCUUCGCAGAACAGAAAGCCCCUGGACUGUACUUGA